AUGCGCCGCCUUCUUGAAAUCCUGUUGCCGAUCUUGUUUUUGUUCGUCAUAGUUGCUGCUGCAGAGGAAUGUAGCGCAUCGAAGCCAUGUGAGAUUGGUUGCUGCUCCAAGUACGGGUUCUGUGGUCUGGGCCCCAACUUCUGCGGUACCAAGAUUUGUGUCAACAACUGCGAGAGAAAAGCCAAAUGUGAUCCCGGUGACUUUGGAAAACAAUAUGUCAAUGCCACAAAAUGUCCUUUGAACGUCUACUGCAGUAGACAUGGUUUCUGUGGAACGACAAAGGACUUUUGCGGUAACAAGAAAGUCAAAAGACCUUCAUGCUCGGUCAACAACCAAGGCUUCGACCGAGUUGUUGGCUAUUAUGAGGGAUGGUCCGCCAGUAGGUCUUGCAACCAAUUCUACCCAGAGCAACUUCCUGUUGGCGUCUAUACUCACCUCAACUAUGCUUUUGCAUCUAUUGAUCCGGUCACCUUCCAAGUUGUUCCAUCGCUGUCUACUGAUGUGGACAUGUACAAGCGAGUCACCAACCUAAAGAAGGCAGACCCUGACUUGAAGGUAUUUAUCGCUAUUGGCGGGUGGACAUUUAAUGAUCCAGGCCCUACAGCGACGACCUUUUCAGAUAUUGCACGAUCACAGGCAAAUACUGAGAAGUUUGGAAAUUCACUAAGAUUUAUGACCAAGUAUAACUUUGAUGGCGUUGAUCUGGAUUGGGAGUAUCCAGGUGCUGACGAUCGAAGUGGCAGAGCUGAGGACUAUAAGAAUUUCCCUAUCUUCUUGCGAAGGCUCAAGGCAAUUCUCAAGUCCGGCAGCGGCCGCGAUGGAGUUAGCUUGACGCUUCCUGCAUCUUAUUGGUAUCUUCAGCACUUUGACAUCAACGCCAUUCAGAAAAAUAUCGAUUUCUUCAAUAUAAUGUCAUAUGAUCUUCACGGCACCUGGGAUAAGGGGAACAAGUGGGUUGGUGCUUACCUGAACUCUCACACUAAUCUCACAGAGAUUACACAAGCUCUUGACCUGCUCUGGCGUAACGAUCUUUCACCAGACAAGGUUGUUCUCGGCCUCGCUUUUUAUGGAAGAGCCUUUACCGUUGAGAACACAGCGUGUACCAAGCCUGGUUGCACAUAUGCCUCUGGAGGUAAAGCACGAUCCUGCAGUAAUGAGGUGAGCGUCAUUCUCAAUUCAGAAAUCGAGGAUAUUUUCAACUCUUCGUCGGUCAAGCCAACGUUGUACAAAAAAGAGGCUGUCAAGAUUCUGAACUACGAGAAAAAUCAGUGGGUAGCCUACGAUGACGAGGACACGUUCAAGCUCAAGGCAGAUUUUGCCAGAGGGCAAUGUCUUGGAGGUCUGAUGGUUUGGGCCGUUUCCCACGACACGAAAGAUGCCAAGUACACCUCUGCUCUUGCAAAAGCGGCCAACAGAAAGUUUGUUGCUGCUCUCCCAGCCACAGAUGGCUCGUCAACUACGAUCAAGACCAAGCAUGCGCAGUGCAAAUGGACUAACUGCGCCGAGAAUUGCCCAUCAGGCUGGCUUCGGGUUGCCCGCACAGACGGCCAGGCACGUAAGGGCGAGUACAUGGUCGAUGAAGGGGGAUGCAACGGUCUCGGUGUCCAUCAGUUCUGCUGUCCACCUGGUGAAAGGGUUCCCACAUGCGGUCGGUACGACCACAACAACGGAGCCUGCGGUGGGAAAUGCCCCAACAGCAUGGUUGAGAUAGGCUCCCUCAGCAAGUACUGUGACAAGAGCUACGAGGUAGCCUGUUGCUUUGCGACGGAAAAUUCUAUGCAACUCUACAACCAAUGCAGCUGGAGCUUAGACUUUCCCAACUGCGACAAGGGUACAUGCUCAAGCGGUUCUGUUGAAAUCGCCAGGUCAAUGUCUGGUAGUGGAGGUGCAUUCUGCAGCGCCGUCGGUGGCGCAAGAGGAGACCCUUUCAGCAGCAAAAAGAAGGUUGGCCAGGAGCGCAAGUAUUGUUGCCGCGACGACCUGAAGGACCAGAAAUGGAGCGACUGUGAAUGGGAGAGUCAUAUUGGUGUGAUCCCCAAAAACUGGGGUGGUUUGGGUUACUGUAUCAGUGGAUGCCCAAGCGACAAAGUCCGUGUGGCUAUGGACUACAACUCGAGAGAGUGCUAUAACGGUGGCGUUAGAGCAAAGUGCUGUACACCAUCUUUCUCUACCACUGUCACCAAUAACCCUGAGGACAAGGAGCUGGCGGAUGCUCUUGAGAUCUUCCUCGACAAGCCCGUCUGUACCAACGAGACCCAGUCGUUCCGCUAUGAGAGCCAAGAGAUUGUCAUAUCACGUCUUACUAGGAUGCUUUAUUCCUCAGUUUCGUUGGAUAGGGUCGCCACUUGGGACAGCAAAGUUGGCAGAAAGUACAAAAAUCUCAAGUAUAAGUCGCUUCGAGAUUGGAGUCGCUCAGACGACUAUGCAAUAAGGCUCGGCUCUACAAGGCUACCAGAGACCAUCGUCUGCCAACUUGACUUCUACAACAAGAACCUUGGUGGUGAGGACGUGUUGAAGUGCUACCAAGGCACCUCGGUUCGCCCCAAGAGCAAGAGGUCGCUCGACCUACCUCUGGAUGCAUUGUCUUACACUUCGAUCCAGGGAGAUACGUCCUCGGCCUACAACCAUGGGGUAUUCAAGAGAGAUCAGCAAUACGAAAUCAAGACUAUUUCGAGGCUGACAGGUGCACAAGUGAUACUCAACGUGUGGGGUAUCAGCUAUCCAUCCCGUGGCAAAUUCUUGAUAACAGACCCCAUUUGGCAAAGAGCUUAUGACUUCAUUUCGAACAAUUGUUUCGAUGCGGCUAUUGGUCAAAUUACUCGUCCUCCUGGGGACAACAGGGGUCUUGUCACUGAGCACAUCUUUGAAAAGCAGGGCGUGCUUAAUUUCAUUAAAACCACUAUUAGCGGCUUGCUUCCAGACAACAGAAUCUCGAGCUUUCCAGGCAUAGACCCCAGCUUUUGGACCACCACGGCCUUUCACCAACUUCGAAAUGUCGCUCCUAUUGGUGACCAUGAAGUCGCACCUAUCCGCCGCAUCUUCACGGUUCUCGGUGCUGAUAACUACCGGGCCCCAUUUGUCCUUGCUGGCGAAAAGCUCAAUGGCGUCAAGGCUACUCUUUGGGGACAUAAUGAGCUUGCUGACGAAAACGAAAUGAAUGCCUGGGUUUUGAACGAUCCUAUCAGCUUCCUGAAUCAAAUUCGAUGUGUCGUUGGGACUAUACGAUAUCUCAACCACGACACUGUCAAUAGACACCUGGCGGGUAUAAUCACUAAUUUACGCGCUGAGCUCACUCUGGCCGAAGCGUUGUAUCGUAGUGAGCAUCCCACCGCAGCAAUACCCAAUGUCGUAACUCGGUUUGACGAAUGGGCAUGUGUCCUCUUUCGGACCAUCAGUCUAAACGUGCAAGAUUUUGUGUUUACGUGGGUUGGAGUAGGCCUACGUGCUUGGGAAACAAGAACCAAUCAUCCUAACUACCUACAGGUUGUUAACAGUCUAUAG